AAUCCAGCCCUCGGGCCUGGUCCUCGGGUUUAAAUCUGAUUGGCCGAGAGCACAUUUUGGGAUGGUGCUUAGAGCUCGACGGGGUGGUUUCAAGGAUCCCUUUUUUGGGGGGCCGAGGAGAGGGCGGGGCCGCCCGCGGGGGCCCCCUUGAAACCGACUAAUUGGGAUCGGAGAGGCCGAGGUGAGGGCUGGAGGAGGCACAAAGAAGUCGCUGGGUGCAGAAGGGAGGGGAGAGGGGGAGUUGAGAGGCUAGAGGAGGAGGAAGAGGAGAGAGGGCAGCGGCGCGCGGUGUCUCGGGCGGUUCAGUCCGACCGCGGCGAGCAAGCGGGCAGGCGUACCGCCCCCUCCCCCGCCCGGCCUCCCCAACUCUGCGGCCGCGAGCAAAGUUUGCGAAGAGGCGCGGGAGGCGGCGGCCGCAGCGAGGAGGCGGCGGGGAAGGAGAGCAGUCUCCGGGUUGGGGGCGGGGGCGGGGGGGCGCCGAGGAGCCGGGUGGGGGGCGGCGGCCAGCAUGCGGCCCCGCAGCGCCCUGCCCCGCCUGCUGCUGCCGCUGCUGCUGCUGCCCGCUGCCGGGCCGGCCCAGUUCCACGGGGAGAAGGGCAUCUCCAUCCCGGACCACGGCUUCUGCCAGCCCAUCUCCAUCCCGCUGUGCACGGACAUCGCCUACAACCAGACCAUCAUGCCCAACCUUCUGGGCCACACGAACCAGGAGGACGCAGGCCUGGAGGUGCACCAGUUCUAUCCGCUGGUGAAGGUGCAGUGCUCGCCCGAACUGCGCUUCUUCCUGUGUUCCAUGUACGCACCCGUGUGCACCGUGCUGGAACAGGCCAUACCGCCGUGCCGCUCUAUCUGCGAGCGCGCGCGCCAGGGCUGCGAAGCGCUCAUGAACAAGUUUGGUUUUCAGUGGCCGGAGCGCCUGCGCUGCGAGCACUUCCCGCGCCACGGCGCCGAGCAGAUCUGCGUGGGCCAGAACCACUCCGAGGACGGAGCGCCCGCGCUGCUCACCACCGCGCCGCCGCCGGGACUGCAGCCGGGAGCCGGGGGCACCCCGGGCGGCCCGGGCGGCGGCGGCGCUCCCCCGCGCUACGCCACGCUGGAGCACCCCUUCCACUGCCCGCGCGUCCUCAAGGUGCCAUCCUAUCUCAGCUACAAGUUUCUGGGCGAGCGUGAUUGUGCUGCGCCCUGCGAACCCGCACGGCCCGAUGGUUCCAUGUUCUUCUCACAGGAGGAGACGCGUUUCGCGCGCCUCUGGAUCCUCACCUGGUCGGUGCUGUGCUGCGCUUCCACCUUCUUCACUGUCACCACGUACUUGGUAGACAUGCAGCGCUUCCGCUACCCAGAGCGGCCUAUCAUUUUUCUGUCGGGCUGCUACACCAUGGUGUCGGUGGCCUACAUCGCAGGCUUCGUGCUCCAGGAGCGCGUGGUGUGCAAUGAGCGCUUCUCCGAGGACGGUUACCGCACGGUGGUGCAGGGCACCAAGAAGGAGGGCUGCACCAUCCUCUUCAUGAUGCUCUACUUCUUCAGCAUGGCCAGCUCCAUCUGGUGGGUCAUCCUGUCGCUCACCUGGUUCCUGGCAGCCGGCAUGAAGUGGGGCCACGAGGCCAUCGAGGCCAACUCUCAGUACUUCCACCUGGCCGCCUGGGCUGUGCCGGCCGUCAAGACCAUCACUAUCCUGGCCAUGGGCCAGAUCGACGGCGACCUGCUGAGCGGCGUGUGCUUCGUGGGCCUCAACAGCCUGGACCCGCUGCGGGGCUUCGUGCUAGCGCCGCUCUUCGUGUACCUGUUCAUCGGCACGUCCUUCCUCCUGGCCGGCUUCGUGUCGCUCUUCCGCAUCCGCACCAUCAUGAAGCACGACGGCACCAAGACCGAGAAGCUGGAGCGGCUCAUGGUGCGCAUCGGCGUCUUCUCUGUGCUCUACACGGUGCCCGCCACCAUCGUCAUCGCCUGCUACUUCUACGAGCAGGCCUUCCGCGAGCACUGGGAGCGCUCGUGGGUGAGCCAGCACUGCAAGAGCCUGGCCAUCCCUUGCCCGGCGCACUACACGCCGCGCAUGUCGCCCGACUUCACUGUCUACAUGAUCAAAUACCUCAUGACGCUCAUCGUGGGCAUCACGUCGGGCUUCUGGAUCUGGUCGGGCAAGACGCUGCACUCGUGGAGGAAGUUCUACACUCGCCUCACCAACAGCCGGCACGGCGAGACCACCGUGUAAGGGGCGUCCCCAGGCCGGACCCGCGCGGCGCUUUCCUCUGCCCGGGGUGGGGCCCUACAGACUCCGUAUUUUAUUUUUUUAAAUAAAGAACGAUCGAAACCAUUUCACUUUUAGGUUGCUUUUUAAAUGAGAACUCUCUGCCCAGCACCCCCACAAGGUUUGUAAUUAAAACUGUAAAUAGUC